CAAGAAUCCAGUGCUACUAUUUUUGUAGUCUUGUCAUCAGUAUUCACCAAUGGGAAUUGAGAUUAUCUGUUUUCAAGACAUAUGCAUGUUCUACGUCAAAACUUUCAGGACAUUCCAAUCUUUGGGACAUAUCCGGUUUGGGUUGAGAAAUGGGGGUUACACAGCAACCUUUGCAAUUUUGGGGUAUAACGGGAACUCUAAGAACUUCUUAAGAAAGGGUGAAAAAUACCAUACACAACUUGUUCACUUUACUGUUGCUUGCAGGUAUCAGAUAUGUCAAUGUUUAAAACGCUUCAAUCAAAUCCAGGUAUCAUCACGCUGUUCCACAGUUUGGGGAAACCUUCAACUCCGCUGUUGAAGACGUUGCUAUCAGCUGCUAAUCCGCAUUCCAACCCAGAUUUUAAGAAAGAGAAAGAAGGCUCGAGACGUUCGCUGUGGUCAUAUAUCUCCAAGGGGAAGAACGAACCACCACAAUUGGAGAAAUUCCAGGUUGAAGAGAUACGUGAUGCAUUGCCCACUUAUGAUCAGUUAAACUUGCUGAAAUCAUUUGCACAAUCAGACUCAGAACAGUUGAAGAUUUUCACCAAGGUUUUUCCACAUUUCGUCAACCCUGACAGUAAGAUCGUUAUACCGGAAGAGUUACAGUCUGUGGAGCUGGGCGUUGACAAAUUUACUGAACUGAACAACCAAGGUGAUUUUAACCCUCCAUUGGUUGUUGAUUGGGAGAAAGGUCAUAUUGCCAACGACUCGAAAACGUUACAGCAUCUAUUGAAACCAUAUCAAUAAUUGAACUAUAUAAUCUUCAAUCGUAUCCCAUUCUCUUGACGACAUAACUUUGGGCCAGCACUCCUAAACUUAAUCCGAUUCCAUCGUAAACCCAAGUCUUGACCCAUUCAGCAGGGUCCACGC